UAAAUACAAACAUGUAAUAAAGGGGCAGGGGGAGUACAAGGUUUGGUGUGUGAUGAUAAUAUUUGGGAAAGGAAGUGUAAAUUUUUUUUUUUCGAGGACAGGAAGUGUAAAUUUAAAAUACUUCAUAAUCCGUAGUUUUUAAAACAGGUUACUCAAAACCCUUAAAACAUACUCCCUCCGUCCCUAAAUUAACAUUAAAUUGACGGAAGGAGUAUGCGCUAUCCCAUUUAUUUAUUAUUAUUAUUAGACGGAUCUAUCCCCUUAAUAAAAGUGACGGGUCAUAAGGGAUCCAUAGAAUUGGUUUCUCUGAGAUUAGUGAGAUAUCCAUUGAAGCGCACUCAACGUUCUCCAUUGAAGCGCAGUUGGCGUGAAUCUAGUUCUUGUAUCCCCCAUUGAAGCAACUUCUGAGGAAACGCGCUCCAGGAGCAGAUAUGCUAGCUAACAAUUCCAAUGAUGACCAAAAGUGCAAAAUUAGAAGGCUAGAACUCGCUGACAAAAACAAAGGUUUUAUAGAGCUGUUGCGUCAGCUCACAGUUUGUGACUCAGUCUCGGACAAGGAAUUUGAGGAUAGAUUUAAGGAGCUUGCCUCUGAGGGGGAUGACCAUAUUAUAUGUGUAGUAGAAGAUAAUGACACUGGAAAGAUUAUAGCAACAGGAAGUGUAUUCAUUGAGAAGAAAUUUAUUAGAAAUUGUGGUAAGGUUGGUCACGUCGAAGAUCUGGUAGUUGAUGCUAAUGCACGAGGGAAGCAAUUGGGCAAGAAAAUGAUUGAGUUCCUCACUGAACAUGCACAAUCAAUGGGAUGCUACAAGGUUAUCCUUGACUGUUCUACUGAGAACAAAGCGUUUUAUGAGAAAUGUGGAUUUAAGGAAAAGGAAAUUCAGAUGGUAAAGUAUUUCCCUUAGUAAGAGUUUUCCUUGUGUUUUCGUACUUCUUGCAUAUGUGUAUGCUUUACUGCAAUAAUAGGAGGGCAGACUGAUUUUGACAGAUUGUAAUCAUUGUACAACACUCCAUGACUUCACCAUUUGAGGGAAUGGUCACAAUUUUUGUACUUUGAGGAAUUGAAUAAAAUGACCAAAUACGAGUACUCAAUUUACUUGUUUUA